AGGAGGUGGAGGAGGAGGAGGAAGAAGAAGUAGUAGAAGAAGAAAGAGAAUAAGAAAAGGAGCAAAAAGGAGAAAAGAAGGAUGAAUUGAAGAUCCCAAACUCCAGCUGCUAAUCAGCUUAUUCCACGGGAGGAGAAAGAGAGGCAGGGACUGAACAGGUGCAUCCUCUGGGUACCACUCUCAGCAUCCUCUGGGUACCACUCUCAGCAUCCCUUCGGUACCAUUCGCCUUCGCGGUCUUUUGGACAUACUCCUUUCUUGCCAUCGCCUGCCUUCCCUCACCGCUCCCCGUUUUCCUUUUUUUUCCCCCUGCGGGGAGAGAGGGGUUUCUUUCUACAUUUCCUCCUUCUCCAAACCCCUCCCCAGCAGGCAUCCACGAUGUGUUCCUCCGCCGCCGGCCACGGAUGCUUCGGCUCCCCGUCUUCCCUGCCCGCCUUGCCUUCCGGAGGAGCCUCGCCAUGCGGAGAGCCGAGGUGCUUCUAAACCAGAUGGAGUUUCUAUUCGGGGGGCCAAGACACCCACAAUGAACCGCCUGCUGCCUCUCUGCUUCCUAUUCCUGAAACUCUUAGAUGUGGUGCUGGGUUACCUGACGGUCAGCAUUGAGCCGCUCCCACCUGUGGUGGUUGGGGAUGCCGUCACUUUAAAAUGCAACUUCAAGACGGAUGGCAGGAUGCGGGAAAUAGUGUGGUACCGGGUGACGGAUGGUGGCACCAUCAAACAGAAGAUCUUCACCUUUGACGCAAUGUUCUCCACCAACCAGUCGCACAUGGAGAAUUACCGUAAGAGGGAGGACCUGGUGUACCAGUCCACGGUGCGGCUUCCUGAAGUCCGUAUCUCAGACAAUGGCCCCUAUGAGUGCCAUGUGGGGAUUUACGACAGAGCAACGCGUGAGAAAGUGGUGCUAGCAUCUGGAAACAUCUUCCUCAACGUGAUGUCCCCUCCCAUGUCUAUUUCGGUCAUUGCUGCAGACACGCCAGCUCCCUUCAGCCGCUACCAGGCUCAGAACUUCACUCUGGUCUGCAUCGUCUCCGGUGGGAAGCCUGCACCAAUGGUGUACUUCAAGAGAGACGGGGAGCUGAUCGAGGUGGUGCCCCUCACAGAAGCCCCCAUUAACGCCGCUGGGUUGCAAGACGGCCGGGCCUCCCGGAACCUCUUCCACCGAGACAUGGACGACACCAAGAUGCAGAAGUCGCUCUCCCUCCUGGAUGUGGAGGACCGGGGUGGGAGGCCCUACACGGAGGACCCCUUGAAAGGCCUCACCCCCAACCAGGGACUUUUGUUCAGCCCAGCUACGGAGAUCAUCCCAGAGACUGUGGUGAGCCGGGAGUUUCCACGGUGGAUCCAGAAUGUGGAGCCCAUCUACUACUUCCACCACACCCACAUCCCCAUCAGCGAUGGCACCGUGGAGGUGCGGGCCAUGCUCAUGUGGACGCUUAACCCCCAGAUAGACAAUGAUGCACUCUUCAGUUGUGAGGUCAAGCACCCUGCCCUCUCUAUGCCCAUGCAAUCCGAAGUGACACUAGUGGCUCCCAAGGGCCCAAAGAUCAUGAUGACCCCAACAAGAGCCCGAGUAGGAGACACAGUACGAAUCCUGGUGCAAGGUUUUCAAAAUGAAGUCUUCCCCGAACCCAUGUUCACUUGGACCCGCGUUGGGAGCAGGCUCCUGGACGGCAGUGCAGAGCACGAUGGCAAGGAGCUGAUCUUGGAGCGAGUGCCGGCAGAACUGAAUGGCUCCAUGUACCGCUGCACAGCGCAGAACCCACUUGGAUCCACGGACACCCACACCAGGCUGAUAGUCUUUGAAAACCCAAAUAUCCCAAGAGGAACAGAAGACUCCAAUGGUUCACCAGACAGCCACAGCAUCUCUGAAUUCCUUCUGGCCAUCAUCUUAACAGUUACUUUGGCACUAACGUGAAAGCCUUUAGCGGAGACCCUUCGUUUCUCCUCCUCCACCCAGAAUUCACAUCUCCGUUGACCAGACUUCUGUUCUCUCUCUCUCUCUCUCUCUCU